UUCUCGUUUCCUGCCUUUCAGUCUCGUUACAGCCGAUGUCUGAGCCGCUACACAGCGCUUCGCGUUCCCCCGUUUUGUUCUCGUCGCGCACGGACUACUGCGAUCUCGCGACGCGACUUGGGUGUUGUUGUUCUUGCCGUAUUGUUCUCCAAGAACGGGAUUGAACGCGCGCGCGAACUCGUCGUCCAAGAUGACGGUACAGCACGAGUUCGGUAGUACGGGGUGAAGACGUUUCCGGAAGCUGUUGUUGUGUCGAAGCGGUGCGACGCUGAUCAUGGUGUAGAGAACCUGUUAUCGUGAAGAUCCUGACCUCGGGUGGAUUCUACCGGUUGCGUUGAUCAGCUCCGCCAAGUGAUCGUUUAAGGAAGAACCGAAUAUCUGAAUAGCUGUGAAUAAUUAGUGCGUUGUGUGUGUGAUCAAGAGAGUGUCCACGCCGUAAUUAAGGCAAAAAGUGUCGCGCGAGAAAUUCCUGCCCUGCCGGUUAAUUAACGAUCUCGGCGAGUUCUCGCCAGCAAACAAGUGGAAGAAGUGGAUCUGACCGUAUAAGAACUACCGCUGCCGAGAGGUGUCACUUCUAUUUGUCCCGGAGCAAGUUUUAAUUAAUUAAUUACGAAAGAACCUCGCCCAGGUUCCCGCGCGAUCAAUUAAACUCACAUUAAGAUCACUCCAUCAAAGUUUACCGAACAGCCCAAAGCGAUCCGGAGCUGUGUGUGUGAAGGGCACGCAGGUCGUACGGAAGGAACCCCGGAGUCCAUAUGAUGCUGAUUGGGUCCGCGAUCGGGAGUGAGUUCGCACAGCUGCCGACGAGUGGAGCCACCGCUCCGUGGAGUAUGGAACCGCCGAGGGCACCGGGUCAGUCCGGACUCGGUGGAGGAGGAGGAGGUGGUGGUGGAUCGCUGCCGCCACCGCCGACGGGGCUGCAGCUAUCGCCGACUGUCGGCCUCUCGCCCGCGAACCUGCCCUCGCCCGGUUCCGGUCCGCCGCCCCCGUCCGCAUCGAACCUGUUCAACGCGGCCGCUGCGGCCGCCGUCGCCGCCGGCAACCCGGCCAACGCGCACGCCCUCGCCGGCCUCGUGUCCCAGCACCGGCUGCUCGAGCUGUCCCGGUUCGGGCUGCGCGGGUACGACCUGGCCCAGCACAUGCUCACCCAGCAGGGCGCAGUCUCCAAGCUGCUAGGUAAGUCGUGUACCCUGCGACCACCCGGGCUGAUUGGCGGAUCGAAGCCGAAAGUGGCGACACCGGCCGUCGUCUCCAAAAUCGAGCAGUACAAACGGGAAAACCCGACCAUCUUCGCCUGGGAAAUCCGCGAGCGUCUCAUCUCGGAAGGUGUCUGCACCAACGCUACCGCCCCGUCCGUCUCCUCGAUCAACCGGAUUCUGCGGAACCGCGCGGCGGAACGAGCCGCGGCCGAGUUUGCCCGUGCCGCCGGCUACGGGCUGUACCCACCUCCGCCGUACGGGGGCUUCCCGUGGCCCGCACCCGCCCACCUGUGGCCACCGGGCCAGUCCGGAAUGCCGGGCAUGACCCCGCCCGGCAGCAGUAGCAACUCGACGCCCGCGACCAUCGGGAGUCCCGGGUCGGGGUCGCACGACACGCUCGGGAGUCCGGACGGCAGCCGACUGAUUGGUGAGUUUGAUAUUGAAGGGGAGGACUCGAACAGCCUGGACGGAGAUCAACCAAAGUUUAGACGCAACCGGACGACCUUUUCGCCCGAGCAGCUGGAGGAGCUGGAGAAGGAGUUUGACAAGUCGCACUACCCGUGCGUGAGCACGCGGGAGCGGUUGGCGUCGCGGACCUCGCUGAGCGAAGCCCGAGUUCAGGUUUGGUUUUCCAACAGACGGGCGAAAUGGCGACGUCAUCAAAGAAUGAAUCUUUUAAAAAGGUCCAGUUCCCCGAGUUCCCGAGCGGCGGCAGCGGCAAGUUCCGCUUUCACCCCUGGCUCCCCCCCGCCGCCGGGAUCGUCCACGGCAGCAGCCCACCAUCAUCAUCUUUCGGGCCUGUCCUCGUCGGCAGCACAUCACCACCAAGCCAACCGGUCAACCUCGUCGCCGGGCCUGGGCCCAACCUCGUCCCAACAGGCCCAAGCAGCAGCGGCAGCGGUAGCGGCGGCCCAAGCGGCAUCAUUAGUCACAGCAUCAACUCCAUUAUUAAUGGGCGGUGAGCACAGUGCGUUCCGCUCGCUGGUCCCAACCUCGGCGGCCGCCCUCUUUGCCGGGCUGUCCCGGUCGUACGCGGCAGCUGCCGCGACCACGACCAGCUGCUCCUCGAACCCGUCCGUUAGCCCGGUGCCCUCGGGGGCCGGCGGUGACUCCGACGAGGAAAUCAACGUCCACGACGACGACGACGACGGCGGUUCCGACAUCGAGGUGUCCAGCAGGAACGGCGAGGGGUCCGCCACACCCCUGCAGCUCACCAUGCACGAGCGGCACCACUGAGAGAACCCGCCCCGUAAAUUAUGUCCAAAAAAUGUGUAAAUAAAGCGCCCCUCAACGUCCGUCCUACACUCACUCAUGGUGCAAUUCUAGAUAUCUCUGUCCCAUUCCCUUCUUUCCACCUCAAAACAAACGCGUGUAAAUAAUCAACAUGGCCGCCGACCGGGGCUACCGAGCGCGGGGGGAAACCUUAGAAAUUGAAUACCCUUCAACCCGGGGCGCGCAAACACGAUUACCCCUCGCUUUUUUGCUUGCUUGGCCAACAUGGCGACGUAAUCCAAUGCCACGCUGCGUCGGGGCGCCAUGCACCGACUGGAUCCCGUUGACGCUGUGUUUACAUUUUUUUUUAUAAGGGAUCUCAGAUGUAAACAGACAUUCUCACCCUAUUAAAAUGUUAGUACACAGCGUUGAAAGAACUUGACAGAGUGACAGAACUUAACAAAACUUGACAGAACUUAACAAAAUUUGACAGACCUUAACAAAACUUGACAGAACUUGACAGAGUUGACAGAACUUGACAGAGUUGAAAGAACUUGACAGAAUUGACAGAAUUUGACAGAGUUGUUGUUAACUUGACAGAGUUGGCAGCAGUUACGUAGUAACAGUUCAAUAUGGCGAUUGUAAGCAAGCUGUCCUUCCCUCUCUUACUUGGCGUGAACUGGCACUUGAGCAAAAUGGAUAGACUGCUUGUUUACAAUCGCAGAUUCACCCCAUUGAAAUGUUACUAAGGACUUGACAGAAUUGUGAAGUUUUAUUUUAAAAGGUCCAAUAAACCGAAUUUCCAGUUUAUGCCCAAAAAGCAAAAACUGAAAAUUUGGUUUAUUUAACCUUUUCAAAAAAAAAAAACUCCAGAAUUGCCCUUCACUUUCACUUACAUUCGGUAACAAAUCUAUCUAAUCGCUUCUGCAAACGGCAACUAAUUUCUUGAACUUGUCACUCCACGAACUUCAAUCCAAACCGACCUACUGCACAACGUCAAAAUCACCACGGACACAUUUGGCAGCAGUGCCUGCUUUGAUGUGCGCUUCACGCACUGCAACUCACACCAACAGCGAACAAAAAACUGGUUUGUCACACACACACCUCACCCUUUUCGGUAGCCGUCGCCAACUUUGACCGAUUGCGUGAAUGCGUCAUUAGCCCGAAGGAAUGUGCACUUGUCACGCAAACAAAACAAAAAACUGGGUAAACACGUGUUUUGCGACGCCUGGCGAGCGGAUAUGUCAAAAUUGUGCGCGAUAACGCAACGCAAAUGUAAAUAGAUGGCACCCCUUGUUUUUAGCGAAAGCAAUUUUCAAAUUUGUUCAGUCGCCCCGCCGUCGGUGCCCCCGGAGUUGCCAGGUGUAAACAAGUUCAUUAAACGUACCCUUUCUGUGCAAGCAAAGACAACAAAAAAAAAGAUAUCGGAAAGUAAUAAUUUAUCUUAAUUAGCCUAAAGUAGAAACGAGUUAAUGUAAAAAAAAACAAAACAAACAGAGGCAUAAACCUAUUAGUAGAAACAAAUACAAAAGGGGUUGCCCCUAUUUGUAGCUCACACGCACUACUGUUACAAGUCCGCACUACACACAUACAAACACAAAACACAGACACACAUACAAAACAACUACUAUUAGAGAGUAAUUAACGCGUAAAAAUGUAAAUUCCUUUCGCGCCAGAGCUUGUUUCGUUGUUUUUAUCGCUAUCGCACUUCACACUAUCACAAAAAGAGAAAGAAAGAGUAUUAAACGUCACGCGUCUGCUUUGUUCUCCCUUUCCUCACAUUUUUUUCUUUCUCUUCUCCCAAAAAAAAAAAAAACCUCCGAUGAUUACGAAGAUGUUGGAAAAACAUGGAAAAACGACGCGCGCCCGUGUGUGUGAGCUAAGCGAAAAAGUUCAAUCUUAAUAAAUUAAGUUGUAUUUAAAGUUGGGGGGCGCGCGCGCUCCCACCCAUUCAACGGGGGAGCAGCAGCAGCGUGGAGUGAGCGAGGAGAGAAGAAAGAAAGAGCGAGAAGGAGUUGAGCGUUAGCGGUAAAAAAGCGAGCACGCACACAUAAGAGCAAAGUUCGAAAGCGAGAUGGCUAGAGAAAUAAGGGACAAGCAAACGGCAUGCAUACAAAGUAUUAAGUUAAUUAAAUUAUGUGUAGUUUUAUUUAGCACUGCAAAAGGAGUGAGAGAAGAAAAAAAUGGUGCGAGAAGAAAAGCGAUAGGAAAAAUGGUACAGACAAACAAACACAAACAUAUGUAAACGUUAGACAGAAAGAUAUGAUGUAAAAAGCCCCAGUGAUGAUCGCGCGCAGUAGAAAAUCGAUAAUGAAAAAUCCGUGUUAUUAGACGUAAGUAAUGGAAUUUAUUUUGAAGCGAAUGAUAAAGAAAAAGAAUGUGAAAAUUUAAA